AUGAACGUGGUAGCAGAUGCUCAGAUUCAAUCUGUCAAGCGGGAAACUCCUCAAUACCUUCGUUCAGAAUCAUUCAAGUCCGACUCUGCCUCCAACGAAUACUUCUCUGACUAUGCUUCCGACGCUGUCAGUCAAGUCUCCGACGAUAGCAAAGCAAGCUAUGAAACCCCUCCUUCCCGAAUCUCAACUCCCGUUGUACAACAGACUGCCCUUGAAUCAGAGAUGACUUUACCUACGAGACCGGGCGCAACCCACCCGGCCCCUCUGCAGAUCAGACAGAGCAAUACCGGAGGAAAAACAGUUCGAAUGCUCACCAAUUUCGAUGAGCUGAGCCCUCCGACCCCCGGUGUUGACGACACACCUUACAUCAGAUUUGCCAUUGAGCAAUUGACAAGAGACGAGGAUGUUACAGGUCAUGGCAGGCACAGUACUGCUACUCCCCUCAACUAUUCGGCCAUUCCAUCUCCGCCGGAAAGACAUCAAGACUCUGCAGAGACGUUGGGCCCUUCACCAUCGCCUCCACCACCAACACCACCGCCACAACAACCAGCUCCAAAACCUUCCACCCAAACACCAAUCCAGAGAAAACCAGUGGCGCAGGAAGUCAUGAUACCUGUGGAUCUCUCAAAAGACUUGCGAUCACAACUUGGUUUUAUACCAUUACCCCUCCGCCUUCCAUUCCUCGCCCUCUACUUGUUCCUAUGCCUAUUAAUGAUUGCCGCAUUGAUAUUCAACCUCAUCUUUGUUCAUGGAAACCAUGGACUGUACGACUAUGAUGGAAAUGCCUCCCCACGAUACUUUAUUUUCAAAUACCUGCCCCAGAUUCUCGGUCUUCUCCUCGUCAUGUGGCUGUUCGUCAUUGAGGCCGCUGUCUACCGAGCUCUACCUUAUUUUUGCAUGGCCCCUGGUCAUCGCAACAAUGCUGUACUGCACGGAAUGCGAAUCCUACCCUCAAACUUUGUGCUUCCCGACUUGACCUUCUUUCGAGUUGGCGAGAGAUUACUUGGGAUCGUGUUUGUUGUGUUCUGGCUAAUGGGCUCCACCGUCCCACUGUUGAGCUGUCUAUUCCAGACACAAUGGAUCACCAAUGAUGGCCCGAGUCGAUUUCGAUGGACAGUUGUUCGAGGUGUCGGCUGGACCCUGGUUGCGUUGUACAUCCUGCUCGGUGCAGGUGUAUCGUACUGUGUCAUUCGAUUCCGAAGCAGCAAUUCCUCGCUGUUGUGGGAUCCUUGUUCCAUAGCUGAUUUGUUGUGCCUCUUUCGACGCUCAAAUGUCGUAUCAGAUUUUGAGCAAGCCGAGGUUUCUCCACAACCAGACGCAUCAAUGCCACCCAAAGUAUUGCGUCUUGGGUUUUGGACCACUUCUGAGAGAUCUGAUGUCUUCCAUGGUGUGGGUGAAGAAUAUGCCCCCAUUAAAAGACUAUCGUUUCCUCCGUCCCAGAAGAAGGAAAAACCAACAGACGGACUUCCCCAUCCAGAGGACACUACAGACAUCGAAGCACAACGAUUGUCGUAUGGGUCCGCCUUCGCUCGAAAUGUCCACUCACCAUUUGUUCGAUACAGAUGGGUUCCUUGGUUUCUCCGCGACUCCGCUGUUCUUGCAUGGAUCAUUGCGGCCAUCCUCCUCACAAUAGCUUUCCUCACUGUGAGUUUCGUCAAUCGUGCUGUUGAGGAUGGCUUCAAUCCUCAAUUGCAAUCGUUGACCAAUAAUGCGGGCUUUUCCCCUGCAAACUUUCUGUACAGUUUUAUCCCAUCACUUCUUGGGAUGAUACUUUUCCUGGCAUGGCAGCCUAUCGACUUCUACUAUCGAUCAGUACAACCAUUCUCCAACCUAUCGCGGCCAACUGGUGCCGAGGCACGAUAUUCGCUCCUGCUGUCAUACACUGCACAGACGUCUGUGGGUGUUGUGGUACGUGCCGUGGUCAACGGCGAUUACAAACUCGCAUACAUCACAUUCAUCGGUCUGCUCUCGAUGUUUAUUCCCGCCCUUGCAGGCGGAGUCUUCACUGCACGAUUCUUUGAGUCUGAGGACAGAGUCAGAAUGGUUGCGAGUAUGCCUGGUUACAUUGCUCUAUGUGUCUUUGUGACAAUAUAUGCACUGUCUUUCCUGGUGGUCUGGCCAACGAGAAAGCGAUAUCUGCCACAUAAUGUCAACACUAUUGCUGGUCUCAUGAGUUGGCUUUAUGCAAGCCCACUUCUUGACGACGGUAUGGUGCAGAAUGUUCGGACUAGGUCUGAUCUGGUUCUUAGACUUGCUGGGUCAUCGGUCUCCGAUGGUCUCACAGGCGACAGCCCAGCGAAUGAGAAGUCAAGAUUUGGGCGUCGUAGUCGAGCUCAGGGCCGAACCCGAGGCACCAAAUAUGCCUUCGGUGUCUACAUCGGUCGUGAUGGUAAGGAGCAUCUCGGCAUUGAUAGACUCCAACGACCGGGAAGCCGAGAAAUGCUUGUUCACCACGCCAGUGAUCGGUACGACUAUUCGACCGUCGCUCGACACUCGGGUGGCAGCAGAUGA